AUGGAGGGAGACUUCCAGGUGUGCAGGAACUGCAAAAGAAGUGUGGCCCCUGGCCACUUGGCCCUUCAUGAGGCCCACUGUCUGCUGUUCCUGGUCCUCUGUCCGGAGUGCAAGGAACCCGUCCUGCAGCAUAAGAUGGAAGAGCACCGCAGGGGCGGGCACCAGCAGGUGGGGUGCGCAAUGUGUCAGCAGAGCCUGCCGAAGCACUUGCUGGAGAUUCACGAGGCCAAGGAAUGCCAGGAGCGCCCCGUUGAGUGCCAGUUCUGUGAGCUGGCUGUGUGCCUCAACAAGGUGGACAUCCACGAGCACCACUGCGGCAGGCGGACGGAGGUCUGCCCAGACUGCGGCCAGCGCAUCGUGCUCCACAUGCGGGCCCAGCACAGAGAUGAGUGCUGGGGUGAGCAGACCCGGCUCCAGAAAGGGAAGAGAAUUUCAGCUCCUAAAAGCAACAUCUGCUCUCAUUAUUGCAACCAAAUGAUCCCAGGAAAUAAGUAUUUCCACCAUGUGGACAGAUGCCGUCCAAUCUCAGAUUCUGUGACAUAUUCUCCAGUUGGGAAACCAGAUAUUCCUCCUUCAUCCCUUUCAAAUCAGGCUGCUGAAGAUCAAACUUCCACAGCAGAGAAAGGCGUCCGUCCAAAGACGAAAAAUACAAGAAGAUUUCCCCUUCUUUCUGAAAAGUCAACACGGCAAGCACCAAGAGGCACAAACAAAACCACGGAUCUGCCUUUGAAGUCUGAUGGCAAGCUCAGGGCCUCCUCUCCUGUAGAAGACGAGACAGCCUAUGACAUUCUGAGGAGGUGUUCUCAGUGUGGCAUCCUACUUCCCCUGCCAACCCUAACCCAACAUCAGGAGAAAUGCUGGUGGUUAGCUUCAUCAAAAGGAAAACAAGUGAGAAGUCCCAGCUAGCUUUGGAAAAGAAAAGAAGAAAAGGUUUGGAUUCUAACUGCUUUCCUCCUUUUGAGCCGAGAUGUUGGUUUCCCCAGGAGCUACCAGAAGAAAAAAG